UGUGUCUCUCUGCACGGUCACAUCUGUGGUUUGUCGUCGCCGCUGUCCAUGGUGCUGAACCCGAGCUCCAGGAAUGGUGGAGACGCUGAGUAUCGCAGUCAUCGGUGCUCCCGGAGUGGGGAAAACUUCUAUAAUCCGCCAGUUCAUCUAUAACGAUUUCUCGGAGGUGUACACUCCGACCAGGACCAGAUACGUGUACAGACCCUCCGUCAUCCUCAACGGCAACAUGUACGAGCUCAAGGUUUUGGACGUCCCGCCAAUCUCCUCCUUUCCAUCCAGCUCCAGUCAGGAGUGGCUGGACUUGCGCUGCAGAGGUGUUCGCAAUGCCAACGCCUACAUCCUGGUGUAUGACAUCUGCUGCGUGGAGAGCUUUGAAUACGUGAAGAUGAUCAGACAGCAGAUAGUGGAGCACAGGGAGGGCAGCAGCAGCGAGGUGCCGAUCCUGGUGGUGGGCAACAAGAGGGAUCUGCAGCGACAGCGCUUCAUGCCUCGCAGGGCCGUGUCGGUUCUGGUGAAGAAGACGUGGAAGUGCGGCUACGUCGAGUGCUCGGCCAAGUUCAACUGGCACGUCGUCCUGCUCUUCAAAGAGCUGCUGGGCAUCGCUGUGACGCGGGGCAUGCGCCAGAAUCACACCUCCAUCCGUCUGCAGGGGGCGCUACAGAGAAACCGCUGCACCAUUAUGUGACCCUGAGAGCCCCCCAUCCACCCCCCCUCUCUCAGCUUAGGCGAGGAGCGGCAGUGGAAAACAGAACUUUUUAUCUCAAUGGCUGGAAAUAUACCCUGUGGCCUCCUGCUUUACUGAGCUGAUUUUUCAUAAUGAGGUUUAUUAGACUCUUAUGCGCUGUAAAGACACUGACAUUCACACAUGGUCAUCCAACCACUUCCUACUCAAAUUCUGCCAAAUGUAAAGGUGUGAGAAGAGUAGAGGAAGCAGGUGAAAACCUGUAUGACUAGAAUAGCACAGUUAUAUUUGCUCACAUCAGCUAGACGGCUCCACGUUCGAGGGCUGCGCUUUCCCUAAUGACACAGCAGCAGGUGUAGAGAGGGCUGUCUUUUGGGUCUGACAGGAUUGAAGCUGAGAUUGUGAGACUCAAAACAGCGAGGCAGCAAUAUCAUCGAGUCUUCCUUUUGAAUUCAUCAUAUUCAGUAAAGUCAAGCACACGCUCAUACCUGACACGUUUGGAUAUUCUUUGAAGUUUGUGCGGCUAAGAGUCAUCAAGAUAGAAUAAGAAAAGAGCUGCAUUGCUGGGAGAGAUCAUGUAGAAAUGAGGUUAGAUGGAAUUGAUUUUUAGAUUCUGAGGAAGUAGCCUGUUUUUUGUUUUGUUUUCCUUCCCCUGUCCCUGUUUUCAAACCCGAGAGAUGAUUUAAGGUUUGUCUUGCAGCAGAAAAUACUGCAGUCCCUAUCUCGAUGUAGUACUGUAGGGCUUUAAUCUGCUCCCUCCCCUCACUCAGUGUGUCUGUUUCUGAUGAAUACAUUAAACACAGGGAACUGGGAACCUGCAGGAGGCUGCAAGUCUGAGACAAGACCCCGUGCAUGCGAUGUAUGAUGUGUGAGAGUGUGUGUGUGUGUGUGUGUGAGGGAGAGAGAGAGAGAGAGAGAGAGAGAGAGAGAAGGAGUGAGGGACAGGGAGAUAGAGAGGCAGGUUUGAUAGCUGACAUUCAGGCAAAGUAAAGGACAGACACUGCAUGAUAACAGACGGAUGUUGAAGCUUUGGAUUAGGAAGGAGCAAUAACCCCCCCCCCCCCCACCCCCCCCAAUGGGCCUGACUGGCUUUAUGUUCCACCAUAUUGUACUAAAAAUGCCUCACAUUCAAUAGAUGUUGUGCACUCAAGCUCAGAUUUCAUGCAGAAAUAUGGAGGCAGAGCUGAAAGACGUCCCCAUGAGUGCAUCACAGACACACAGGGAACCUUAAUAAAGCUUGCAUAUCAGUAUCUAAUUGGUAAUAUUGUGAAAUGAACAGUUGCUUUUUCUUUUGAUUAGGCUAUAGGUAGUAUGUGAGCAUGGCUGCACUGAGAGUAAGCAGACCUAAAUGUACAUAAGAGUGAGUCAUAGAGUUAUUGAAUUGCAUGCUUUUGUUGGUAGAGCCAACGGGUCAGGGGUUUUAAUUGCACUGAUGUGAACAUUUGAUAUCGUGUUUAAUUUUUGUAAUACAUGGUUUUUCUGACACUGUAAUGAGCAAGCUGAGUGGAGUGAGUGUGGUCGUUUUUUCACUGGCACGUGAGAGCACAAGCUCAUGAUUUCUCUCUGAAGAUGUAGUAGUGUUGAUCCCGAUCAGGACAGAUGGCUAUGUUAUGUUAGAUUUUUUUGUUUUUUUCUUAGUAAAAAAGAAAAUAGAAAUAUGUAGCAGAGUUAUACUAGGAAGCAACUGUGUGUAGCAUGAGUUCUCAUCAGUUUGUCUGCUGCGCGUUUUCAAAUAAAAAGGGCUACAGUUUUUUAUCAGAGAUGUUACCUGUAUUUAUUUUUAACCGUGUUAGUACUGUGAGUAAUUCUGUUUUUUGGGGACACAUGGAGAAUUAUUAAAAUGCAUUUAAAGAACACCA